CAUCCUCCCCCGCUCCGCUCUUGUGACCUCUUUGACUGUCUCGGUCAUUGCUCAGCCAGCCUUUCACUCCAGCUGCCCGCGAUCUCGAGGCCCCUUCCCCUGGCGCCAUCAUCUGAAUGCUCCAAUACUCGCUGUGAACUCGUCGUCGACCGCCAUUGUAGCAGUCGUCGUUGUCACCGUCCCGCCCCUGCCACCAUGGCUUCAAGGGAAGAUGCGGAUGAUCCGCUAGACCGCGGGCCACGCCCAACUGCGGCCUCGCCACCUCCUUCCUCGCGACCCCGUCCUCCCAUGCUCGAGACGACACAGCGAAGACCGUCUCGCACCUCAGCAACUCCCACACCGGAUCAGACGCGCGGCCACCAUCGCCGACAUUCAUCACUAACCAGCCCCCCACCCCCUCCCGAAGACUUCAAUCCCCCGGCGGACUUUACCCCGACAGACUGUGCUCUGCAGGGCAUUCAAUCCCCGUCUACUCCCACCGUCAUACAGCCUGCGACUUCCUCGCCUUCUCAAUCGCUUGGGUCGUCCGCCAGAUCGGCAGACGACACGGCCGUGCCACCACUUUCCGCCGGCAGCAGACAGUCUGCGCCAACUGCUGUGGAGACGUUCCUCCAGCGACCUCAAAUUCGGGUCAUCCAGCGGCUGUCUCAAGAGUCCGUACACAAGUCAAGUCACAGCUCGCGCUCGUCGAGCAACGAUGGCUCGGACAGCAGUGAAGUUUUGGCUGCGCGCCGCGACGAGCUCAUGUCGCAACUGCUCACAGGCGAGCACGAGGCAGAUCACAUCAGACGGCUAUCAGGAGAGUCCUUGACGCCUACCAGGCGAGGAUCCACUCCGCCGCCCAUCGACUGUCCAGUUGAGGUCAACAUCAUCAGCUCGACUCCUUCUCAUUCCUCCCCCCGCCUUAUGGGCGACGCUCUGCAUCAGCCGCCCACUGAGGAAUUCAACCGCCGUCCAUCUAUCGAAUCCUCAUCAGCCGACAAUGGCGACGAUGAUGGGGUCCAUGCAUGGGACAGUGUGUGGCCGGCGCCAAAUGCCCAGUCUGUGGUCAACUUCCCACCCCAGCCACCCGUGGUAUCGAGGUUCCCAUCAGCCCCCGUCUCGCCGUACGUUACGCCGUCCUUCUCGCCGGCGGUAGUCCAGACAACGCGCCGCUUGUCGUCAUCGCCUCCCCACUCGCCGAUGCCACGAAUGUUCGGUGAAUCGCCCGUUUGUGCUGUGGACCGCUCAAGCUCGGGUUCCAACCAGCGCGUGCCCCAGGCACCGCGCCCUGGCCCCACUGCAUCAUCGCAACAUUCAUCUCGUUCCGAUAGAUCAUCGUCGCGGAGCCCAACGACCAGCCCACGUCUUGCGCCCUCGACAUCGCACACGCCGCCCGACUCUGGCAACGAGGGGCAGCUGCCGGCUGCACCGGGGAGCCCAGGUGGAGGGAGCCGAAGUCGAUCUCGGGUGGCGGCUUCAGGAUCUCCAGGUCCGGCCCGGCCACAGACGUCACCUUCCCUGCCACCCACCACGAACAAUGGGAGGAGAUCGCGGGGGGGUGAGAGAUCUUGUUCGUUCAUCAACCAGUUCCCAGAGCUGGCUCCCCCAUUCAUUUCUGGCAAGGAACUCUCCUCAACAUCACAUCUCCCUCGCCGGCUCUCUGAGACCGCCAUCAUCCGCCGGCCCGAUGCCUCGCUCACGCUCGACAGCGACCUUGCCAUGUCGGCUGUGCACCCCUCCAUCGUGUUGCCAGGCCAAGAUACUCAAGGGGCGUUGAGUGCUGCUGCAGCUUUUCGGUCACCGACCGCCAUCCGCCCCAAUGGUCCUCGGCGCGCGCGGUCUGCUCAGGAGGCCCUUGAUACGCGCGCCCGUCUCUCCUCCGGUUUGGCCAUCACUGUCGCCGCGUCUGAAGAGAAGAACGAAGCUGGCGACGAGGCCUCAGAAUCGCUGCCGCAAGAGCAAAACUCGCCGGCUAUCUCCUCUCCACCUCCCCCAGAGCGCAUAUCAUUCGAUUCCCCGGCCUAUGCGGCAUAUGAGAACGCGAUCGAGGACGAUGCUGACGACGAGGGGCCUGUCGAGUUAUCCAAGCUAGAAUAUGGACGCUCAAGCCACAGGGCUUGCCUUUUGGAUGACACGCCACUCCCUGUACCGACAGAAGAUCCCCCCACUCAGCAUCUCCCCCUCCCAGGCGGACUCGUUGACGAGGGAGACCUUCUCCCUAGAGAUGUGGCCCCACAGAUCGAAGCGGACGUCACCUUUGACGACGAUGGUCUGUCGACGCUGGAGCGCAUUUUCCUUCUUUGUCGAAGCGAGUACUCCUUUCAUCGGGCGUAUGCGGCGCGCGUGCUCGGAGACCUUCUCGGCGACGUGGACCCUUGCGAGUCGGUCGAGUAUGUCCUGCCGCUCGUCACCGGCUUUUCACUUGACGAGGACGAGUCCGUCAAGGAGGCCUUUGCUGCCGACCUCCACCGCAUCCUGUGGUAUUUCUUCACAACUUGCCAGGUGGUGGCUAAUGCGGAGCAACCUGUUAACUAUGAGCCACCCGUGGUGACUCAAAAAGAUGAAGAUCCGGAAAACAUGCCAGAAAGCGUGUUCCAGCUCGAUCACGUUAUUAAGACGCCUGGAAGCGAAAUGCCCCGCGACAAGUUCGAGGCCAUGUUCGCGACGGCGGCUGCAGCUCAAUCGGAAUCCGUGUACGGACCGCAGGCCACUGAAACGCAUCAAGCGACGGAUGGAGGCUCGACUCCCGAAGAGGAUCCCGAUCCCGUACGGCCUUCAGAAGGUGCAAGCAGGACGCAGAGCACCGACACAGCUCAUUCCGCCAGCCACAUGACCGACACUGAGACGACCGCUCCUACCAGUGUCUCUAUGGCGCAUCUCGAUGACGACGAUGUGCCCAAGCGACCCAUCCUGACUAAUGAGAGCGACAAGCUCUGGCACAGCGAGUAUGAGGUGGUGGAAGCGCCUGCGAUCACCGUUGACUUCUUCCGCCCUAUGCUUGGUACACUUCUUCUAAGCCACAACCCCGCUGUGGCUGACCCUGUGCGAGCGGGUAUCGUCGCCAUCAUCUCCCGCCUGCGCGGCCACGGUCCUGUGACACCAGAGACAUGGGGCUCCAUGUCCGAGUCUGAGUCUGAGGACAGACUUCAGACCUUCCUGUCUCAGACUGGGCCUCACUCACACGUUAUCCGGACCUUUGGCAGCACUGUCAAGGAUAUGAUCGAGCAGGAGUUGUUGCAUGGCCUCGUAUUAGGCAUGGGCAUGCUGUCAACCGAAGUUCCCGAGUCGCUAUUCGACAACUCUGUCGAGGUCGUUGGCGACGACGACGAAGAGUAUACAAUCGACCGCGUUCGCGACGAAGCACUGUUCCGGCAGCAGAUGAUUCACGAGGCAGCCCUCGGAAGGGCUCUCUCGCUGUCCCUCAUUGGAUCUGUCUCGGAGAUGUACUCGCCGUGCGAAGUCGAAACAUACGGCUUCGUCGACGAGGUCAUUCGUGGUUUGGAUGGUGAUGUCAACACUCGAGCGGAGGCAGCUGUCGCCAUGGCCGCUGUCAUCAAAGCUGCGCCUGACGAAUCCAUUGAACGCCUCCUUCCCGUUUUCGAACUCUACGCUAACGACGAGGAUGACCAAGUUCGCCAGGCCGCGUGCGUUUGUCUGGCGCCUCUGUGCAAGCGCAUUCCGCUGGACGCCGCCCGCCGUCACUUUGCUGUCCAAGCUAUGAAAACUUUUAUGGCGAGUGGCGACAACGUGCGAUACGCGGCCCUAGAGGUCCUGGGAGAGGUCAUCUUCACUUUCGACGCCGAUCCGGAGGGCCCGCCAACCGAGCUUAUCACCAUUUACUGCGAUGAUCGCGAGAGCGAGGGAAAGGAUAGUGACUGGGACGUCGUGGCCAGCUACAACUUCCCCGGUGUCUGUCUGACUCUGGGCUCCACCCGGUGGCACGAGCUGCGAGGCUUGUUCAAGCGUAUCAUCGAGCGUGGGGGUGAGCGGGUGUUCCGCACCGUGGCCGCCUUCCUCCACGAACUGGCACACAUUCUCAACCCCGAUCAGGUGGCUGAGGACAUUCUGCCCGUCUAUCGUCUAUGCCUCAAGCAGGACGAUGAUGUGCGCGAACGGAUUUUUGAACACAUCGAUGUGCUCAUAUGCCGGCUGCCCCCCGCACUUGGUUGGCAGUCGUUCCUUCGCCUGUCCGAUUCGUGGAAAGAGGACCAGCUUGGCGGCUGGCGUGCGCGCGAGCAGCUGGCACUCCACAUCCCGUCUUUCCUGGAGACAUUCCGCGAGCAUGACGAAGUGGCCCUAGUCUUGCACAUGAUGCGCUCGGCGCUCCUCGACAAGUUUGCUGCUGUACGUGACGCAGCAACAUAUGCCAUCCCGAAGACGUACGACAUCGUGCAGCGCAGCCACUGUUCCGCUUCCACCUUCUACGAGAUGCUGCUAGAGCUGUCUCAUUCUCCGAGAUACAGGCAACGCUUGACGUUUGUCCGUUGUCUCCGCGAGUUCAUGCGGCCACCGCCCAACAAACGCGCUUUCGAAGAGUUUUUCAUGCCAGCGCUGAUGCGACUUGCAAGCGACAUUAUCGACGUCCGUCUGGGUCUCGCGCAGGCCAUUGCCGACCUGUUUAUUCUCGGCGCAUUCUAUGGCGACAAGACGUUGCCCGUGCCCGCCAUGAUCCAGCGCAUCGUCAACAUUCUGGUCGAAGAUGAAUCUAGCGAUGUGCGCGACGCGCUCAAGGAGGUUGGCGCCGACAGGUGGGCGCAAACCGACGCGUCAGUCACCGCCGAGGACGCGUUCGGGUCGGCGGCAAGGAACACGGACGACGUGGAGCACUUGACCAACCGAGUUGUUGAUGCGCUCACUGUCGACACGCUAGACGCUGAGUCGCGCAUGGCCGCCCCGCACAAUAGAGCCGCGAUUGCGUCGCCAAUGAUCUCGGACAACCACUCUGAGGCGUUUACGAGCUCGUCGUCCGACCCGUUCGAGGCGAGCUUUGCGCGCGCACAGGCCAGCGGGCGGACCAGCAAACGCUCGUCAGCAGACGAGAUCCUCGCCGCCGCCCAGCGCGCCGUCACUCUGCCAGAGGGGCUUGAGGGCAGCCCGCCUUUGAGCCCCGGUCUGCCGAUCUCGAUUCCGCCACCAUUUGGCUUGACCUCAAGCGUCGAGAACUCGCCUCCACGCAUGAACUCGGCAUCACCGCUCUAAUCGUUUCGCGGCAUCUCACCAUCUUUGUGCUUGUCGCACCUUCAUCUGCUUUCCGCAACUCACACCCUACAUCGCCCCCCCCUACGCCCUAGAGGCCACUGU